UAGUUAAAUAAAAGAUCAUCAAACUGCUGUCCUGAUAUAUUAAACUUUAUUAGUCUUACAUGGCCUUCCGGACCGGGAUCCCAUCUCGGCUUUUUCGAUGGGCGACCCCUCUCUUUUCCCCUCCUUGGCUUGUUCUGGAGCAUUGCCUGGUUCUGUUUCUCAUCCUUUCACACCCUUCGAUCGGGAUCCCGACACAUCAAACAGCUCGCCGCAGAUGGGAUACCGGCAGCAGCACGAGCACUAGCCGCAGCGAGGGCCGGGGCAGGAGUGAUGGCGGUGGGCGACAGGCCGACGUCGGCGUCGACAGCGCCGCCGGAGGCGAGCACGGCGGAGCAGCUGCCACGUGGACAUCUCCCGGGCGGCUCUCCUCGAUGGGGAUGACGGAGGGCCCCGCUGACGUGUUCCGUCAUAGCUAUGUGGAGCAGUCGGGGUCUCCAACGAUGGCCGCGAUCGAUCUGGAUCCCGACAAGCUGCCAGGUGGCUUCCGCGACUACAGAGGAACGAUGUUUCGCUUCCAGAUGGGCGGCACCGAUGAUGUCGCCCAUGUCGCCCAAGGUCCUGGUACUGGUCCUGGUGCUGGGGAUGAUCAUCAUGAUGGCUUGCCAUCAGAUACUUCAGAGAAAGUUCGGGUCAACUUGAUAACCACAAGGAAGGGAGCCAUGAGGAGCGGGGACCUCCACAACUGCACGCAGUUCGACGUGGUGUUGAAAGGCAGAGUGAGGUUGCUGAUGCUAGACCUCGGAACGAGAGAGGAGAGAGAGGAGGUGUUCGAAGAAGGGGACUACAUAGUCAUCCCCCCUCGAGUCCCACAUCUCUUCCAUUUCUUGGAGGACAACUGCAUGAUAGAAUGGUGGGCGUGCGAAUACAAGGCAUGGUUUUUCCGGCCAUACAGAGAAAGGAUCAAUGCGGUAAACGGACAGUUACGAUCAAAACUCUCACCCAGGAGGGCGGGGAUGGGAGGGGCAACAUAGAUAGCAGAUGUCCGUCUCCCCCCUCUCUCUCUCUCUCUCUCUCUCUCUCUCUCUCUCUCUCUCUCUCUCUCUCAUCUUCGUGAUCGAUAUCACCUCAAAACAUUCUAAGACUUCUACUCUCUCUCUCUCUCUCUCAUCUUGAUGAUCGUUAUCACCUCAAAACAUUCUUGUUCUUCUACGCCUACUACUACCUACUGCUGCUACUCCUCCUACUGCUGCUGCUACUAGUAGUACUGCUGCUACUACCUACUACCGCUACUACUGCUGCGGCUACUAGUAGUACUGCUGCUGCUACUACCUACUACUGCUACUACUGCUGCUGCUACUAGUAGUACUGCUGCUGCUGCUGCUGCUGCUGCUGUGCUGCAAGCGCUCACGCUGCUGCUGCAAUCUGCAGGUGCUCCUUGGCUAAGGGAAAAUGGGAUGAUGGAGGGGCUAAGGACAAGUAUCAUUGCGCGGUCUGACCUUGUGGGUGAAGAUCGACGCUUGACGACCGAG